AUGACAGUAGCGGCGCGCGGCAAACGGCGGCGAGCGGAGAGCAGCGGAGUGGGUCGGCUGGCGGCUGGCGGCGGGCGGCGGGCGGGCGGCGCGGCGGUCGGCGGCGGAGUGGCGGCAGGCUGGCGAGUGCGGCGGCAGGACGCCGCCUAUCGAUCUGCCACUUGCACCAUCUCUCUCCGCUGGCUGGCGGCGUGCGCCGGGAGAGAGCCUUUCAAGCCACGCCAUGGCUCAUUACCAUACCUCGUGUACUUCCCGUCGCGCUACCGCGGCAUGUGCGUGGGCACGCUGGUGUCGCGCGUGGCCGUGCUGACGGCGGCCGUGUGCGUGACCAGCCCCACGUCGGACAUACAGGACCGGCGCCCCAUCAACGUCAUCACCGGCUCCACCUACCGCCACCCGCGCCGCGGCAUCCGCGUGCAGGUCACCAAGAUACUCGUCCCCAAGAUUGCGCAGAACGUGUCGGGCGACCGCGGGUACCUGAUGCAGAAGUCGGCAGCCGUGAUGCUGCUGAAGCGGAAGGUGCCCGACGUGAUGGCGGAGAUCCCGCUUCGCGCGCUGCCGGUGGACUGGCGCGGCGAGGAGGUGCUGUCGCUGCACGAGGAGUGCUUGAUUCCGGGCUGGCACUUUUUCUAUAGAGGGGACCGGAUCUACCCGGUGCACCGGUUCCUACUGCAGCGCAACGUGCGGGUACAGUUCCUGAACAUCGUGAAGAAGAACCUCUGGUGCGAGGCGCUGUCCAUCAAGUUCCAGAAGGCGCUCAGCAACCUCGGCUUCUUCGGUUUCUUCGACAAGAGCGGCUGCACCUGCGUCAGGGACCCCGAUAGAAUGGCUCAGCCGUGCCAUGGCAUGUACGGGGCGCCGCUGGUGUGCCGCGGCAAGGCGGUGGCGAUGCUGAUGGCACCGGACGCGCAGUGGACCAACUGCACCGGCAUGAGCAACCUGGUGCACCUCCUUGGUGCCCCAUACCUCAAGAGAUUCAUGGAGUGCGUCAGCGUGCUGUUCGAGCCGGACCUCAUGCCGGACUGGAAGACCAUGAAGAAGCAGAUCUUCGACGACCCGAGCCACGACCAGUACGACUACGUGCCGGCGCUCUACGACAAGCUCACGCUCGGCUCCAGCGAGUCCGACACCGCGGAGGAGUGA